GUAAUCAUUGUUCGUGAUUAGUUACAUUAUUGUGUUAGCCUAUAGUGGCAUGAUUUUCAAGUAUUUGCGCGAUACGUGUAUCAUGUGCGCGUAUUGAUGUUGUAUUUGGAAUGCGCGGUACAUUGAGACAAGUCCUGUAUAUCACAUUUAUUCCAUUCGUCAAUUGAUCAAUUGAGGAACUCACUAACGAAAGCUUGAACUUGCUUAUAACAGACUACGAAAUUACAUUUGUAUACACACAUAUAUAUAUACAUAUCACGUAUAUAUGUAUAUACAUGUACGUGGAUAUACACAUACAUGGUGUCGUGUUUCAUCGUUUCACGUUAUACCGAAUACUGGAUACAAACAUUUUUCAAUGGAAUGAUAGGCGUGUCACUAUACCAGACAAAUGUGUGCUAGCACUAAUAGCAUAUCAUCAACGCACUUGUUGCAGUUAAACAGUUAAAGAAGAAGAGGCAGACUUCGAAACAUACUUACAGGCCUGGGUGUAGUUUUAAUAACUUCUAAUAUAAAAUGGCAGAAGAGUGCAACGAUGUUAAGUCUGCCGGUCCAUCUUCACCAAGAAGUCCACAGAAUAAUAGUAUGGGAGGAAAACCAAGCAGUCCUCAUUCUCCUAGACAACCAAGGCGUAUGAAGCUAACACAGCAACAAUUGGACAGCAUGACAAAGGACGAGCUAGCAGCCAAGUGGCAUGAACAGGACUUGUAUGUGGAGUGUCUAGAGGCCCAGGCGGCAGCCCAGGAAGGUGAGCUAUCCUCAUUGAGGGACUCUGAAAGCAAGUAUAGACAGCAACAUGCAGAAGCAUCUCAUAGAGAGAAGAUUUUAGUCAGGAGACUUGCUUCUAAAGAACAAGAAUUACAAGAAUAUAUUAGUCAAAUUGCUGAAAUGAAAGCUGCUCAUGCUCCAUCUGCUGUGGCUUUAAGAUCUGCUUUGUUAGAUCCAGCUGUUAAUAUUUUGAUUCAAAAAUUAAGGCAAGAACUUGUUACAACUAAAGCUAAAUUAGAAGAUACCCAGAACGAACUGAGUGCCUGGAAAUUUACACCAGAUAGCAAUACAGGUAAAAGACUAAUGGCAAAAUGCAGAUUGUUAUAUCAAGAAAAUGAAGAAUUAGGUCGCAUGAUUGCUAGUGGACGAAUUGCUAAGUUGGAGGGAGAUCUUGCUCUUCAAAGAAGUUUCAGUGAAGAAAUGAAGAAAUCACAAUCAGAAUUGGAUGAAUUCUUGCAAGAUUUGGAUGAGGAUGUUGAAGGAAUGCAGAGCACAAUUUACUUUUUACAACAGGAGCUACGUAAAGCUCGCGAAUCAGUUACAUUGUUACAGCAAGAAAAUGCAGCUUUGAAAGCAAAUUCUAGCGAAAAUAAUUUAACGAAUGGUUUGUCACCUCACACACCACCAAUAAAGAAGGAAGAAUCCGAGGAAAAUUCAAUUUCGGAAACAAAGACUUCAAAAUCAAUGGAAGAUAGUGAUGUGUGCAAAGGUGCUAGGACUCCACCGUUAUCAUCGCAGCGAUCGCCACAGUGUGAGUUUUCUAAUACUGAAAGAACAGAACGGGUCGAACGAAAACCGAAUCAAGCAGAUCAUAAUGACGAAAGCUCAAGUGAUUCGGCUGCUUUGAUCAUUAAAGUAGAGAAUGAGGAAUUAAGUGAUAGGGAAGAAGAACAUGAAGAAAAUCGAAAUAAUAAGAGGAUACUGAGGAGCAAAAGUCAUAAUAGAAAUAACAAUAAAACUAAUGGGGAAGAGGUGCUAACUAGAAUAACUAGGGGUAGGGAUAGGACCAAAAGGGACAAAAGUGCACCAGGUAGUGACGACGAAAGGACAUAUAAAAAAAAGAGAAGAGAGAGUAUCCUUUCUCUUGAUUAUAACGAAGCUGAUGAUGACGCUUUAGUUCUAACUAAUGGUGAGACGCUUCAAAGCGAUCCAGAAUGAACAGUUUUCUAGAACGAUUUUAUACACAUAACACUUGUUGUAUAUGAACAAAGCUUAGCGUGACUUAAUACCCAACAUAAGUUGAAUCUAAUAUUUCAUAUUUAAGAAUAAUAUGGAGACACAUUAUGAUAAAUAUUAUUUCUGAUGGUUUUGUAAUUUUUCAUAACGUGUAUCCGUAAAUAUAUCUUUUAUUUCAAUUUUUUUGAAGUCACGUUAAUGCCAAGAUAACAGCACUUGAUUACGUAUGAUUAUAUCUUCACAAAAAUAACGUGGCGUUGGAAUAAAGGGGUAGAUAGUUAAAACUAUUUUUUCUUUCGCAAUAAAAUUACAUUAAAUUUUCUAAUAAGUAUUCGUUAUUACGAACAAAUGCUUCAACGUUUUUAAAUGGCUUUUUGUAAAUUUGUUACAACAUUGAUAGUAACUUUUCUUGUUAGAUUUUUCAGAGCAAUCAUAAAGAAUAUAAAUAAUAAUAGAAUAAUAAUCAGGGCUAUGCCUUUUUUAUUAUGUAAAUACACAAAUGUUAAUAUCUGGUACACAACGACGCACAUACAUAGAUUUAUACAAGAUUGUGUGCGCAAUAAUUUGUAUGUAUGUAUUGUUUUUUUCAUUGUGAGACAUGCGUGUCAACAUUCGUUAUUCAUGCAUAAAAUAUGCUUUUAAUUGUGUAUAAUAAAAUUGAGGUCUAUUUGUUAGAUUUAUUGAAUACCUGUAAAUUAUAUGAAACAUUAAACGAUAUUAAUUUCAGUAAAA